AUGGGUUUGCUGAUAUUUAUUCUAGCGACAAUAAUUGGCGCAUUCACGUGAGUUGUUUUUGUAUUAUUUUUCAUAGAACUGUGAUUAAUUUAGUGUUUGCAGAUAUUUCGAAUGGUUACAUAGCUAUUGGAAAAGACGUGGAAUCGAUGGACCAAAAGGUUGGCCAUUCCUUGGAUCUUUCUACGAAGUAUCAAAUCGUUCACUUCCUCGAAAUUUUGUUUUCAAAAAAUGGACAAAACAAUUUGGAAAAGUGUUCGGGUAUUAUGAAGGAGCACAUAAAAAUUUGGUGAUUAGUGAUUUGGAUAUGUUACAAGAAAUGUUUGUCAAAAAAUUUGACUAUUUUUACGCAAGAAAAUCAACAAACGUGAUUCACGGGGAUUUGGAAAGUACUGUUGAAGAACCACAAGUUAGUUUAUUUGGAUCAAGAGGUUCGAGAUGGAAGAGAUUCCGAAGUUUGGCUUCGCCAUGUUUUUCUGUCAAAAGUUUGAAACAGGUGGGUUAUUUUUUUCGAAUAUGUUUCUUCACUUCACGUUUUCAGUAUUUUAUUUGUUAACUCAUAUUAUUUGUUGAAACUUAUUUUCGGCCACACGCGAAAAAAACUGUAAUACUUUUUUAUCUGAAAAACUGGAAAUCUCCAUGUUUUCCACGAAAAAUCAUAUCAUCCCAUUUUUUUCACAGUUUUGAUAAUAUUACAAAAUAUCAUGUGAAUGAAAAUUUUCAGGUUCAUCAUAUCGUAGAAGACAGUGCAAUAUGUUUGAUGGAUUUAUUCAAAGAACAUGUUGAUGGAAAAGCAUUCAAUAUUCACAAUUUAUAUUUUGAAUUCACAUUCGAUGUGAUUUGCAGAUUAUCAAUGGGCCAACCAAAUAGCGAAAUGUUGAAUAAUCCGGGAAUGCAAAUUGUGAAAAAUGUUAGCAUAAUACAAUCAGUUUCAUCAACAAAAAAAUUUAAUUUUCAGAUAUUUGCGAGAGAACAUCGUACACUUCCGUGGUAUUUAUCGGUCCUUUUUCCAAAAUAUGAGUUUAAUGUAAAACAAAUGUUUUAUAAUCAUGAAAGUGUGAAAGGUGGAGAUGUUGCAAAAUUGUUGGCGUAUUGUAAGACAUCAGUUGAAAAACGGAUUGAAUUACGAAAUGAGAAUGUGAAACUUGGAAUUGAAAAUCAACAAUCAGAUUUUAUUGAUAUUUAUCUCGAUUGUUAUGCUGAUAUAGUUGAAGAUGUUCCAUAUGGCACAACAAUUGAAAAGAAAAUCACAUUUGAGGAAAUUAUCUCGGGAUGUUUCAUGUUUUUACUCGCUGGUUUUGAUACAACUGGAAAUGGCCUUGGAUAUGUCACAUAUCUUCUUGCAAAAAAUCCGGAAAAAAUGAAAAAAGUUCAAAAAGAAAUCGAAGAAAAUUGUCAAAAUGAGAGUGUUUCUUAUGAUGAUUUGACAAAACUUCCAUAUACAGAAGCUGCUAUAAAAGAAGCAUUGAGACUCUAUCCAGUUGCUGCUUUCGCUGCUUCACGUGAAUGUGUCAAGACAACAACAUUGGGAAAUUUAAAAAUUGAAAAGGGAACAAGGAUCGAAGCUGAUGUGUUGUCCAUUCAUCGAAGCAAAGAAAUUUGGGGAGACAAUGUUGAUGACUAUGUUCCCGAACGGUUUGUUUAUUUUAUGCUUUUUAUUGUUGAAUUAUUUUCAAUAAAAAAAUUAAUAAAAAAUACUUUGCAGUUGGUUGACCGAUUCUUCUCGACAUUUGAUGUCGUGGAUUCCAUUUGGUGCGGGACCUCGUUUAUGUGUUGGAAUGCGAUUGGCAAUGGUUGAAAUCAAAUUAGUUCUUUCUUUGAUGCUUCGACAAUAUGAUCUUGUUGCCACCGAAGAUACCGAGGAAGAAUUACAUUUAUCAGGGAAUGUUACAACUUCACCAGACAGUGUGACAGUUGCAUUAAGAUCAAGAUUUUGA